GCUUCCUUAUGGUUGCAAAUGCAAGAUCAAAGUCACUUCCACCAGUUCCACCAGUGCCUGAGGACUACUUCGGUAACUAUCUGCUAGCAGCGAUAGCAACAGCUGGCUGUGGUGAAUUACUGGAACACGGCCUAGGAUGGGCAGCAUGGCUAUUGCACCAGGAAGUGAUCAAUCAGAUAGGUUACAUGGUGUCACAAGAGCAGAUGGAAUCAUGGCUGCAAUCGGCAAUCCUAUCUGGUAGUGAUGCUCCCGAUCCCAGUAGAUUAUUCUUGGGAGGCUCUCCACGAUUUAACGUGUACGGAAUUGAUUUUGGACUUGGGAUUCCAGUAGCAGUUCGAACCGGUAGUGCAGACAAAUACGAUGGGAAAAUGGUUGUGAGUCCAGGAGUUGAAGGAGGUGGAAGCAUGGACUUUGAGAUUUGCCUUCUACCACAUAUAAUGACUUCUCUUGAAUCAGACAAGGAGUUCAUGGAGACAGUCUCUUAGCUUGUGAAGGCCAAGUUCGGAGUUACAGCUCCAUAUAACAGGAUC